UUUCCUGGAGCAAUCUCACAGGGUGGCUCCAUUUUCCAUUCCUGUUCAAAUACUUUGCUGCCUCCUCUACAGCUGCCAGACCUGCUCCUGCUGCUGCUCAGGGAGAGCAUCUGGAGAGUACCUUACGGACCACCGACAAGAUGAUGAGUUCAAGCUAUUGGAAUGAGACGAGCAGCAGCAGCAGCUGUGGGACUCAGCAGCUUCCAGAGGUCCUGCAGUGCCAGCCCCAGCAUUACCACUGCUACCAUCAGUCAAGUCAAACCCAGCAGCCUCCAGAAAAAAAUCUAGUGUAUGAGCGAGUGAGGACCUACAGUGGGCCCAUGAACAAGGUGGUUCAGGCCUUGGACCCCAUUGGCUCACGAGAAGUGCUCUCCCCUCUGAAAAGUUCCUCCUCCUACCAAAAUUUGGUUUGGAGCGACCGUUCCCAGGAACUGCAUUCUCCAACUCUGAAAAUAUCUACUUGUACUCCAAACGCUCUGCACAUAACUACAAAUACUGAACAGGAACUCCAUUCUCCAACAGUGAAAGUCACUUCAUAUCCACAGACCACUAUUAGGAGAUAUAUAGUACAAAAUCCUGAACAGGAACCACUGUCUCCAUUCCUAAGAGGAAGCCAUUUCUUCCCGGGAAACAAUGUUAUUUAUGAAAAAACAAUAAGAAAAGUGGAGAAGCUAAAUAUGGAUCAGGAAUGCUGUCCUCAGGUUCAGUGCCAUCAUCACAUCGUCCAACAGCCACAGAUCAUCCACUCUCCACACUGUCAGCAGUCCCAUUGUAGCCAGCAAGUGCAAACCAUCACAGGAAGUGAUUCAAUAUCUACAAGCAGUGGAAAUGACCUGUGCCAUGGUGAAUCAAGCCAUAUACAUGAACAGGUGGUGAUUCAGGAUGAUGGCCCUGAAAAAUUGGACCCCAAAUAUUUUGGAGAGUUACUUGCUGAUCUAAGCCGCAAAAAUACAGAUCUAUAUCACUGCCUAUUAGAACAUUUGCAGAGAAUUGGAGGAAGCAAACAGGACUUUGAGUCCACAGAUGAGUCAGAAGACAUUGAAUCCUUGAUUCCCAAAGGAUUGUCAGAGUUUACAAAACAGCAAAUUCGCUAUAUUCUGCAGAUGAGGGGCAUGUCUGAAAAAUCACUCCGGCUAGUGCUAUCCACAUUCAGCAACAUACGAGAGGAGCUUCGUCAUCUUCAAAAUGACUUGACAUCCCUGGAAAAUGACAAGUUAAGACUUGAAAAAGACUUGGUUUUCAAAGAAACUCAGAUAAAAGAAUACGAAGAACUCUUGGCAUCAGUGAGAGCAAAUAACCGUCAGCAGCAGCAAGGACUUCAAGACUCAAACUCAAAAUGCCAAGCAUUGGAAGAAAGUAUUCUCUCUCUUCGACAUACACUAUCAGACAUGGAAUAUAGAUUAAAAGAAAUGGAAUACUGUAAACAUAAUUUAGAGCAAGAAAAUAAAAAUCUUAGAAUGCAGGUUUCUGAGACUUGCACAGGCCCGAUGCUGCAGGCUAAAAUGGAUGAGGUUGGCAACUAUUACAUGGAGAUGGUGAAAAACUUAAGAAUGGAGAAAGAUAGAGAGCUCUGCAAGCUAAGGACUCAAUUAAGUCAGUACCAAAAAGAUGUAUUGAGAAGAGAAGGAAGCUGCAGUGACUUCCAAUUCAAGCUUCAUGAACUGACGAGCUUGCUGGAAGAAAAGGAUUCCCUUAUAAAGCGUCAGUCAGAGGAACUCUCAAAGCUGAGACAAGAAAUAUAUUCAUCUCAUAAUCAAACCUGCAGUGGUGGAAGGACUACAAUCACUACUAAAAAGUACAAGACACAAUACCCAAUCCUAGGCCUCCUGUAUGAUGACUAUGAAUACAUACCACCAGGUAGUGACACACACACAGUUGUGAUUGAGAAAACAGAAGACAAAUGGACCUGUCCAUGAAUGACUCUCCAACACAAAGAAGUUUUUUUGGGAGGGGUGUCUGCAUUAGUACUUUAAUUAUUAUGUUUCCACAACCAAAGGCCAAUCAAAAUUUGGAACCAUGGCACUACUCAGUAUAUCUAAUGGAAUGAAUUAGUUCUCCAGAUGAGUCUCUCCAGCCAUUGAUGAGGUCUGAGUCCUUUCUAUCACAUUCUUGUAUUCAAUAUAGCAUUCACCGCUUAAGUAAACUUCCAUUGCAGACAAUGGAGGACAUGCUUCACUAUUUUUCAAUAGGAUGCUUCCUAGAUACUGAAUUAAUUUGUGGGAGUAGAGAUUUUACAAGUUAUUCCAUUAGAUGAUUUUCCUUUAAUAUUAGAUAAGCAGUUCAGCUACAAGUAUAAACACUGUUUGUUACCCAAAAAUAGGCAAAACUACUGAAUUUUAAAAAACACUUUAACUAGUGCAUGGUAUAUACAGUACAUAUUUGUUUUUCUCACAUUAAACCUUGUGACUAAAAGAGAUGCUUCAUUACAUGCUAUUUAUAACUCUCAGAUACAUAACUAAAUCAAGGGUGAUGGUUAACUUCAUUAAGUAGGAAAGUGGAAUAAUAUCUUUUCAACUAAAUAAAUUUCCACUAAUUUGCACGUUGUGCUAUUAUGGUUCUAACGACAUGUCAGUGGCUUGGCAAGUCUCUGCUUUCAAAGCCUAUCAUCCCCAAAUGAGCCCAUUUACUUCCUUAAAAACAUAUAACGAUAUAUUGUAGUAGUGGGUAAAAAAGGUAGACAUUUUUAUAGGGGAAUACAUAAUGUGACACUGAAAUAUUGCAUAAAGGCUUAAGAAAGAAAAAUAGCAACAACAAAUUAUUGAUCUCUGUAUCCUACUUGGGAGAAAGAGAUUUUAUAGUAAGAGUAUUUAAUGUACUUAAAAGCUAGUUGAUUAGUUAGGUUGUAAUGACCUUACAAAGUGAAGAAAAAUAUUUCCUAAAUAUAUUACUAGAUAAAAAUGAAAUUUCUUAAUUUCAAGCACUAUGCUUAAAGUUGAUAAUUAGCAAAAAUUAAAAUGUUUGCAUUUGACAAAAUAUAGAUUAAGGCAACAAAUAUAUUUGGGUUACAUUUUAAUGAGGUUUUACAAAUAUGCAUAUAGAAUCCUGUCAUAUCUGUUAAGAUAGGGACAGAUGAAACACUACAAUAAAUCAAAUCAUAAGUGAGAAAAAUGCUUUUAAUACUCUUAAUUUUCAAAUGGGUUUUGAUAUGCAGUGAAAAGCCUUAUUUUGUCAUCUUAAUACUUUAAGAUGUCUAGCUGUAUAAUAUGGAUGGACAUAAUUCUAGUUUUAUCAAUAUUUUGUGAUAGAAAAUGUUAAUAUUCUUCAUGAGCUACGUCCUUACAUUUUCCCCUGUGGUGUGGGAAUAGCUGGGCAGCUUCUCUUCUGCUAACUACUUAUACGUGUAACUGUAACACUAUUAUGUCAUGUUAUAUAUCCAUUACAUACAAUAGAAGUGGAAGUGUUUAGUACCCUACUAGAAAACUACCACAACUGUUUGAAACUUAGAACAAGUGUAAUUUCCCCCCCAAGAACAUCCACAAUAACAGUCCAUAACGUGGGGUAGUUAGGAAGCAUGUCAUUGGCUCACUUCAUCCACACAGAGUGAUUGAAUGGGUCUGUGAUAACAAGGUACUUAUUACACUUAAUAAAGUUAAAUGUAUGUAUUUCUUUUCCAGUUUGUGACUAAGAUAAAUAAAAAGAGCAGUGAUUUCAUUUC